AUGUCUCGAGCAAACAUCGACGCUCAAAUUCCUUCAUAUGAGGAAGCUGUUCAGGCGGCUCCUUCUGCUACCAGAUCGCUACAUUCAUCAGAAUCCUCACAAGACUUCCAGUUUCCCGUAGUAUGGGAGAGAAGGGACUCGGCAAAUUCUUGCAUACUAUCGUCUUCGUCACCAUCCGAACUACCCCCAGCGUACGCUGUUGUCGACGAGAAAGCCACAACCUUCACCAUCUACGGAACCAUGAUACAUACCCCGAAUGCUCCCGCCUAUCAGCUCUCAUCGUUCCUUGAUUCUCAAAUCGAUAUACUGAAGCUAAGGAGGUUACGCGCCGAAGAAGUAACCCUUCUACAAUCUGGCACGCACCAUAUUCCCUUCGACCAUAGCUCGGUCCUCUACGAGGCACAAGAUCCUCCCUUUCUCAACAACGACUACUAUAUCGUAGGCCAACACCGAUCCACGCCCCCUGGAGUUCUCCACAUGUCGUUUGGUAUCCGUCACUGGCACGUCGCCCACAUCCCGAUUCACAACAGGCGACCGAUUGCGCUCAUGACAUGCGGGAAGAACGGCAGCUUGAAACAAACCAUCAAGCAAAGGAAGAAUGAGAUGGAGCCUAGUUUAUGGAAAGAUACCGACGGCAAUGUCAUCGCGACCGAGGUUAUGAAGAUGUGCCACGGAGGUAAAAUGCCGACGAUUGAGCUUCGGCCCGGUUUGGACCAGACCUGCCGCGAGCUUAUUCUAGCUCUCUGGGUGAGCAGGCUCUGGAUAGCCUUCGGUCGCAAAGCACAAAAGCCCUGA